AUGGCAAAUUAAAACAAUGAUAGUAUUUUAGAUUUUAGAGACAUCUGUUCCAAACCUAAAAUCACUAUUCAUGAAGGUCUUCUUUGGAAAUAUCUUAAUACUUAAUUCUCUAGACCUCCUGAAUCUUAAUAUAAUCCUGAAACAUCCAAAAUUAGCUAUUCUCUUAAAGAAUAUUCUAUACAAGGUAAACUAUUAAAUAAAGACUAUAAAAACAUUAGAAAAAUUUAACUUAAACAUGAUAAAUAAUCAUAUUUUGGAUUACAUUUAUGUCUGAAUCUUAUGGGUAAUAAAGAAAUUGCUGUUUUUGAAGUUAAUCCUACUCUUAGAAAAUCACUCUUAUAAUUAGAAACUGAAAAUUAACGCAAACUUCCAACCAUUCCAUUUAUAGACUUCUAAUACUCAAAAUUUGUAGAUGAACCUUAAAUUUGGAUUCUUGAAAUUCAUGAUGUUGAAGAUAUUGAAGACAAUGAAAAACUUACAUUAGAAGAAAGAGAACUUAAAAUUAAAUUAUUGAAACCUUAAGCUGCUUAAUUAUUUAAAGAAUAAAGAUUUAAAGAAGCUAUAUAAAUUUACAAGUCUCUCUUAUCUAAAAUUGGAUCAAUACCAAAAAUAUAAAAAAAUAUUAUGACACCUGAGUAAAAAACAUUCUUUAAAAUUGAACAUUCACGUGUCUUCUCUAAUCAAGCUAUUUGUUAUUUAUAAAUUAAUGAUUUUGCUAAAGCUAUUGAAACAGCAAAAUAAGCCAUCUUAAUAUGGGAUGAUAAUUUUAAAGGUACAAUAUUUCUGAAUGUAUUUAGCAAAUUUUAUUUCUGCUAAAGCACAUUAUGAAAUAGGAUAAGAAAGUGAAGCUUAUGAAUUAUUCUCAAAAAUCAUUUAGAAAUUCCCUAAUGAAGACUUGACAGAAGUUCAAAAAUAUUUGUUAAAAACAAAACAAAAAAAAACUACAAAAAAUGAAUAAGAAUUUUAUAAAAAAAUAUUUGAAAAGUUACCAGAAAAGGAUAAGGAUGAAAUACAUAGAGAAAUAUCAGAUAAAUUUGAAAAAGUUGAAAAAAAUAGACACACUGAAAAAAUCCUUGAGUAGGCAAAAAAUGGAUAAUCCAUUAAUCAUGAAGAAAUUUAAAAAUUAUAAUGA